CCCGGUUUCUCUGAAGUUGGGGACGCACGGGAUGUUGGCUCUAAAGGCGUGCGCUCGGCCGCGGGGGCUUGCUGCGUUGGUCUCGAGAUGUAGAAGGGGUUAUAGCCUGGAUGCCAUUCCUCAAGGGCCCUCCGAGGCUGAGAGCUCGAAGUCUGGGAGACCCUCGUCAUCGGCAUCAAGCUUAGAGGGCGCAUCCCAGAACUGGCUGCAAAGCCUCACCCACGCCGCCGGCGGAUUCUCCGAGGAGAAAUGGGCGUCCACCGUCGUGCACGGGCGCUCCGUGCACGAGCCGCUCUACCACGCGCGCACGCACGACAUCCCCGUCGCGACCGUGCACUUCCGCUCGUACGCGCCGCCGCUGAUGGACCUUUUCGUGCACUUUGCAUCGCACGCCGCGAGCGCGCUGGGCAUCCCGCUCUCGCGGCCCGUCCAUCUGCCGACGCAGCGGUCGCUCUGGACGGUGCCGCGCAGCCCGUUCGUGCACAAGAAGAGCCAGGAGAACUUUGAGCGCAAGGUGCAUAAAAGGCUCGUGAAGGCGUGGGACGCGGACCCGCAGGUGAUUGAGCGGUGGGUGCGGUAUUUGGAGAGGCAUGCGAUGCCGGGUGUGGGGAUGCGUAUUGUGCGCUGGGAGCGGGCGCCGGUGGGGAUUGGGGAGAAGGUGCUGAAGAAUGCGGUGGAGGGGAUGAGGGUCUCGGACAAGCACAAGAUGCAGGCCCUCGGCGAGCAGAUUGUGAAGAAUGAACUGGCGAGUCAGGGCACCGAGGUCGUGCAGACACCCACAUCUGCGUCUUCGUAGGACCUGUAUCAUAUUAUAGUCCUUCUGUACCUUGAAGGUUUUGUGGCAACUACGUCUGGGACCAAGUCUGGAUUGACCGCACUUGGCAAUCG